CGUUGUCUUGUUUUUGAGCAGCAGCAGUAGCGCGGCGGGUCCAGAGGAUCUGCUUUCUUCCACAUUUGACGAUAAAAACUGACAAAUGUGAGUUCACCGAAACUCUGCGCGCUCAUGUUUGUUACCCAGAGCGCCGUGAACGCGCAGGACGAGCUUCCGGUCGUUUGUUUCGUUGUAAACCGUCUGUGACGUUUCAAGCUUUUAAACGGUUUUAUUAACGGCAGCAUCUGCAGCUUAACAGACACUCCCGAGGCUCCUCUGACUUCAGACAAACACAAUGCCGGUGUUGCCUGUUUGGAGGCUUGCAAUCCCUCUGCCUGCAGUGCUGAUGAUCACUGUGAGCCUGUACAUGAUCAUCCUGGGAAUUGGGCUCUGGAUCCGAUACUGCCUCAAGGACUACUGUUCUUUAGAGUGCGGUGAAUGCUGCGCAGGCCUCUCUGUGUGCGAGCAGUGCAUCAGACUGGGUGAAAUGUGCGACUGCCGCCUGCCGGCUGUGGGACCGUUCCUGGCUGAAUCGUGCUCUCCGGCUUCUUGCUCCAGGUGGGACUGUGCCUGUACCUGCCAGGUUCCUGACUGCGACACCUGCAACUGUUUAUGCUUCGAGAUCAGGAUGAAGUAGGAGGCGAGGAUGGCGGUGCUCAUCCACCGAACUAAUUUUAUACUUGUUAUAGCAUUUACAGCGGAGAUGGAGGUGGCUACACACAGAACCGGCCUUACACCUUCUCUUCUGAGUCAUUCACUGACUUUUUCUCUUUGACUCUUUGAGACUGAACAUUUUUCUUUCAUUGCCAGAGAAUGGGUUGCCUUGCCGCUGAUAGGCUAACCGGUAGCUAUAUGCUGAUAUAUUUCUUCUGUAAAUGUGGCUCCAUAAUCAUUAUGGUUGGCUGGCCUUUUCUACAACAUCACACUGCUGCUCUGUACACUAAUUUCUGCUAAUUUAAGAGACUACCAGCCACCACCAUCACAUAUCCUCCUCUACGUUUACUAUAAUUACUGUCUUUGGACCAUCUGUGUGUUCAUCUGAGUAGCUGCAUCGAUCUUACUCGGAUCACACGGAGCUGACUGAAUGGGCAGGUUUUCGCUUCCUUCCUGAUCAGGGUCCACCCCUGGAUGGAUUGUGAUAAUGUCGACUGUAGGUGUCUAAAAUGGGGCCAUUAUCUCUGACAGGCUGGUCUUGGAUUAAAAGUAUCAACGCCAAAAGAGACCUUGUGCCUUACGAAAACGGCCCGAGGUCACGCCGAGCUGAUGUCUGUUUUGCUGAAAGUACAUUCAGUACCUUGUUUUUGAUGAAUGGUUUAUUAAAUCCGCAUUCACACCACAGAAGCUUCUUCUUGUUUUAUCUCCUCCCACUAAAACCUCCCUCCUCAGGAUGUAGCUACAAAGUUACAGCUGAGUUUGCACACAGUGCCAUAUGUACAUGAGCAUGUUCAGGAAUUGUACUCCUGUUUACGUUUCCAGGACAGUACUGCAAACAGGAAGGAUUUCCACAUCAUC